GACCGGGACGCCGCCCGUCGGGUAACGUGAGGCUCCAGAAACUGGAAAACAAAACCCACAGGCGGCAGAAAUCUAAACCCCUUGGAAAAACCCCUAAACCCACAAAAUUGCAUCUCUCUCCAGUCACACUCCUUACUAUUCUGUUCUCCAUCGCUUUGCCUCCGCCACUCUUCUGUAGUUUGCGGUUGUAGUUCUCCGACAAUGGCUUCCGUAGCCCUCAGAAACCCUAAUUCGAGGCGCUUGUUCCCGGUGUCUUCCCAAAUCUACUUGGGCUGCCGAGGAUCAGCCAUUGCUCACUCUUCUAUCAUCGAUUCUAUCUGUGGGAAUGACACGACUUCGUCUUCCGCUGCUCCAUGGUGGAGAUCCAUGGCCACUUUCACCAGAACUAAGCCUCACGUUAAUGUGGGCACAAUUGGACAUGUUGAUCAUGGGAAGACUACCCUAACUGCGGCAAUUACCAAGGUACUAGCUGAAGAAGGCAAGGCUAAAGCUGUUGCCUUUGACGAAAUUGAUAAGGCCCCAGAAGAGAAAAAAAGAGGAAUUACUAUUGCCACGGCUCAUGUGGAGUAUGAAACUGCAAAGCGUCACUAUGCUCAUGUUGACUGCCCUGGACACGCAGAUUAUGUUAAGAACAUGAUUACGGGAGCUGCCCAAAUGGAUGGUGGGAUUUUGGUUGUUUCUGCUCCUGAUGGGCCCAUGCCUCAGACAAAGGAACAUAUUUUGCUUGCUCGCCAGGUUGGUGUGCCUUCACUGGUUUGUUUCCUGAAUAAAUGUGAUGCUGUGGAUGACGAAGAACUGUUAGAGCUUGUCGAAAUGGAGCUCCGUGAGCUUCUGAGUUUCUACAAGUUUCCUGGGGAUGAAAUCCCUAUCGUCAGGGGUUCAGCAUUGUCUGCUUUGCAAGGGACUAACGAAGAACUUGGGAAAAAAGCCAUUUUAAAAUUGAUGGAUGCUGUGGAUGAGUACAUUCCUGACCCAGUUCGCCAACUUGACAAGCCAUUCCUCAUGCCAAUUGAAGAUGUUUUCUCCAUUCAGGGGCGGGGAACUGUUGCAACUGGCCGUGUGGAACAAGGGACAAUCAAAGUUGGCGAAGAAGUUGAGAUUUUGGGGCUAACAGCGGGUGGUGCCCAGAAAUCUACUGUUACUGGUGUCGAGAUGUUUAAGAAAAUUUUGGACCGAGGAGAAGCUGGUGACAAUGUGGGUCUUCUCCUGCGUGGUUUAAAACGUGAAGAUAUACAACGAGGACAGGUGAUUGCCAAGCCGGGAUCUCUGAAAACGUACAAGAAAUUCGAGGCAGAGAUAUAUGUCCUGACCAAGGAUGAGGGGGGUCGCCAUACUGCCUUCUUCUCCAACUACAGGCCCCAGUUUUACAUGAGAACUGCUGAUAUAACUGGUAAGGUGGAAUUGCCUGAAUCGGUGAAGAUGGUCAUGCCGGGUGACAAUGUCACUGCAAACUUCGAGCUGAUUCAACCUGUUCCUAUGGAAGCAGGGCAAAGAUUUGCUUUGAGGGAGGGAGGCAGGACAGUUGGAGCAGGUGUUGUCUCGAAAGUAAUUAGCUAGGGUUGGUUGGUCCAUAUAUUCAUAUAUGGACUUUUGUAUCAUGUUUUCCCCAUACGCUUAAUUUAAAUCACAGACACGGGAGGUUAGAAGGACUAAUGAUGGUUGGAGCAGGAAUGUGCCUAUCUCUUAAGUCCAUUUGGAUAUGGAGGCUGCUUAGAGUUUCCUGUUUUAUUCAGGGUUGAAUCUAGAAACGAUUUUGGGGUCUGAUACACUUCAGUGGAAAGGAAUAGUUUUCAUUUUAGGGUAUCCCGAUUCUCAUUCGCAUUGAUUCUGAGUUGUGCAAAUAAUAAUACACAUUUGAGUUAGUACUAUACUGCUCUACGUCUGUGUUUAACCUAUCCUUCUCUUCCUAGUUUUAUCUUUCAGGUCUUAAUUUCCAGUUACAGCCAUUUUAUUCCUCUGAUUGUUUUGGGUUAUUAACAGAUUCACUCCAUAAAGUGAUCUCCCAAUUUAAGGUGGCAUUGUCCCCUCGGCCUUUUAGGCCAUUUUCUUCUCUUUAAACAAGUUUUUCUCUCUUUAAAAUUAUAGGUUUGUCUUAUGAUUUGUAAGUUGUAACAAUUUGAGUAAAGUUUGAGAGUGUUGAAUUGAAGUUCCAAGUUUGUGUUUGUGUUCUUUAGCACAACCAUUGUCAUUCAACGUCGUUUUCCAACUCUUAGUUCUUCAAUUUAUUUGUCUAUAUAUUUUGCAACACCUGCGACUUGGCAUGUACUGAACAGACCGCCGACAUUGACCUGGCCCCAAGUUGUCGACCCACCCACGCCGUUAUUCAUGAAAAGAAUUGUCCAAAGUGGCCACAAAAUUAAUGGCUUCUACGAGGCUGCAGAGAACCGAUGACUGUGAAACAGUGCCAGAAAUUAUAUCGUAAAUGUUAGUUGGAGGAUAAACCGUGAUUCAAUCAUUUUGUACGGUUAAAAUUAUCUAACGUUGUGGGUCCUGUAUCUGAUAUUUUUAGUCUCACCAAACAAUACAAUUUCUAAAACAUU